AUGAGCUGCUUUAUCCGCAAAGAUCGCGCAAGAUUCAAAGAGCCCUUUAUCAUCAGCGACUACGACCCCAACUGGCCCACCCUCUUCUCUGCGAAAAAAGCCUCAUUCAAAACCACCUCGCCCCUACUCCUCGGCAUCGAGCACAUCGGAUCCACCAGUGUCCCUGGUCUCGCCGCCAAACCAAUAAUCGACAUUCUCGUUGUACUUCCAAACUUUUCACACAUCAAAGAAUGUGUCCAAGCCAUGCGCUCCCUCCGAUACGCCUUUCUGGGCCAAUGUGGGGUCCCCGGCAGAGAGUAUUUUAAAAAACCUGGCUUCCAUGUGCAUAUGGUGGAAGUCGGGAAUGCGGAUUAUUUAAGGGUUAGAGCUUUUGUGCAAUGCUUGAGGGACCAGGAGGAGCUGCGCAAGGAGUAUGUUGAUUUGAAGAAAAAACUGGUGCAGAAGUGGGAGGGCGUGGAUAAUUGCCAUUACAAGUAUGGAAAUGACAAGACGGAAUUUAUUGUAGGUGUUUUGCAGAAAACUGGUUUGCCGCCGCUUGUCAACGGAGCUUGGAGGCAGCGUUAA